AGGCGGGGAGGAGGGGCUGGGCUGGGCUUUCUAGGCAGCGCUUCCACUUCCUGGCCCCGCGAGUGCAGUCCAGUCCCGCAGCAGGAGCUGCCUCCCGCUGAGCCCGCACCCGCGGCACUAGCCCGGGGUUGAGGCUCCCGGGGCGCCGGCCAGCGAAACGGUUCCCCUCCCGCAGCCCUAGCGCGGCGGCUCGGCAUGGUGGUGCGGCAGCUGCUGCGGGCCGUGAUCAUGGGCCCGCCGGGCUCCGGCAAGGGCACCGUGUCCUCCCGCAUAGUCAAGCACUUCGCCUUGAAGCACCUCUCCAGCGGGGACCUGCUCCGGGACAACCUGCAGAGAAGGACAGAGGUUGGUGUCAUUGCCAAGACCUACAUUGAUCAAGGGCAGCUUAUUCCAGAUGACAUCAUGACACGGCUGAUGCUGAAUGAGCUGAAAAAUCUACACCGGUACCACUGGCUACUGGAUGGUUUUCCCAGAACAGUUCCACAGGCAGAAGCUCUGGAUGAAACAUGUCAGAUAGAUACUGUGAUUAACUUGGAUGUGCCAUUUGAGACCAUUAAACAACGGCUCACUGCACGCUGGAUCCAUCCUGGUAGUGGCAGAGUCUACAAUCUUGAAUUCAAUCCUCCCAAAGAUGUUGGCCUUGAUGAUAUUACCAGAGAGCCACUUGUUCAGCGUGAUGAUGAUAAGCCAGAGACUGUUACCAAGAGACUGAAGGCUUAUGAGGCACAGACAAAGCCUGUUCUGGACUAUUACCGGAAUAAAGGUGUACUGGAAUCUUUCUCUGGAACAGAAACCAAUAAGAUCUGGCCAAUGGUGCAUGCUUUCCUCCAAACCAAAUUACCAGAAGUGAGCCAGGAGGAAGCUGCCCCACACAGAUGAAGUUGGAUCUUUGAUAAGCACAACUACUGGCUGUCUCCAUUUUCAGAGUGAUUCUGUCCAGAAUGUUAGAAACUUGCAAAAAUCAUGGUUUUGUUUUACAUGCCAAACGGAUCAGUAGCUAAGACCUAAUCUCAAACCGUCACCCCUCAGCUUUUCAACUGUGUGCAUUCCGAUUUUUCACUUUUCCAUACUCAUUUUAAAGCUGUAUUUUUAUAUUAAAUUUACCUAAUUCUUGUAAAAUAGUGACCAUUGUAAUAAAAGCAACUGAAGUUUCA